CACAACAGUAUCAACAAAAGAAAAGGUGUUGUGUUUUUAAUUUUUCCAGAUGAUUUGUGCAGCUUGUGACAUAUAAAGUGAAUGACACAAUGUCAUCUAAAGAUAGCUAUAAGGGAAAUGCCAGCCCAUGCCAAGAUAAUGUUGAUGGUGAUAUCGAGAAGCUGCAGGACAGCAUCCAGCAGUUUGAUGAACAGAACAAAGCUGUUCUACAGACUAUACAAAAAAUAGAGGCCGCAAAAAAGGAUAAGGAUGCCAAGGUCAGCCUCGAGGCACUUGAGGGCCAGUUACAAGGAGCUCUACAAAAUGUUAAACAGCUGGAGAAAGAAAUACAAGAGGCACAAGCAGAGGUCAACCAGAAGCUUGGUCACAAGUCCUCUGGACCUGGAGAAAAAAAGAAGCCAUUAGAACCUGAGGACCAGGAGAUGGCUUAUGAACUGAAAUCACAGUUACUGAAAAAUGUUGAGAUACAGAAUCAGAAACUGAAGACCGAGUUCACACUUCACGAAAAAAUGGCAGAAUCACGUCUGUUGUCACAGCAGAAUAAACGUUUACAUGACGAUGUUACAUUGUCAAGGGCAAACUCUAUGAGGCUCAUUAAAGUGUUUGAACGGAAAGCUAAAGAAGCUGAUACCAAACUAAAAGAAAUGACACAAGAACUACACAGGUCACAGGACUUAGCGGAAAAGUAUCGUAAUUUGUACGAGCUGGAGCGAAGAAAGAACGUAAAAGAGGGAGAACAUCUUCCACCUGUAGACGAUUCAGCCAAGCUUCCUGACAAAGAGUCAUCAUAUACCUUCCUAGGUGGUGGUACUAGAAUAAAUGACAUCAUUAGGAAAAAUGAGGUAUUGGUAGAGGAAAACACAGAUCUGAAAAGAGAAGUCCGACGUCUGAAGGAAGAUAACCAUAGACUGGUUAGACAAACAAAACUUGCUAUGCAGGACAGAGAUCAAAUUCUGCAUAAAUUAGAGACUAGUGAAGCUAACAGAAGGAAUCUCCUGAAAAGAUUGGAAAAAGAAAAGGAUCAGCAUCAGACUCUAUCAAGAAGUCUAACGAGACAGGCGUCAGACUGGAUCUUACUGAAGAAACAGAUAGCACAGUUUGAUGAAGAAUAUAGAUGGAGCCAGGUAGGACGUGUGAAUCCCCAGACUGCUGAUGAACGUAGCCGCUUGCAUCCUGUCACGAAAAAUGUUUACAUGCCACGCAAAAUGUUCCCCGUCGAGCAAUACGACAAAUCUGCCGCACCAACCUGAUGAUAAUUUACACUUAUGGAUAAUUCUUUCAUUUACUGUAUAUUUAUUGAAAAGAUAUAAUUUAGACAGAAAAAAUAUUUUUGAUGAUAUUUUGACAAUUUUCCUGACUUUUUACCUCAACAAGAACGUGGUUGUGUUGUUAUUAUUAUUAUAUAAUCAUAAAUCUUAAGCUAAAUUUUAACAUGUAAUCCAACAAAAAAAGUUGUCUUUCAUUGGUUUAGAUAAUAUUAUGGGUUUUUUUUUAAAGAAUUGUUUGUUCAAUUAAUACUUUUGAAAAUAAUUUAACAUUUUUGACAAUCAUUUAACAAAAGUAAGACAUUGUUUGAUCAGUAAGGAACAGUUUGGAAUUUCUUGGUAAUAUAACAUAUCAAUAUAAUAUGACUUUGUGUAGUAUCUUAUCUUAUACAUUAUACUGUUCUGAUAUCAUGAAAAUUUGUAUUUUGUCAAUGCUUUACCUGUUAGUUUAUGAAUAAGUACCGCUACUCACAUUUCCAUAAUGGUCACGAGUAUUUUGUAAAUUCAUUUUUGCGAUGUUUAGGGGAUAUAGAAAAACAGAAAAAAUGCGUCAUUAAAUGAUAGUGAAAUUCAAUAGAUUUACAAAGAUUAUCUUUUUUUUACAUAGUAAUAGGGUAAUGGGUGUUGUUAGGGUAUGCUGUAUUUGAUAGCAAAACUCUAUGUUGAUUAUUCCUUUAAAUACUGUCUAAUCACAAAUACUCAUGAGUCAUUGGAGACUAAUUUUCAUCAAAUGAAAUUAAGUCCAAGCAAAAUUUCCGAAGAUAUUCAUAAGUGGAAAUCCAGGAAUUUAUAAUGCUACAAAAUAGUCAUUUUAGGCAAAACCAUCAUAUUUCAUACCAAGAAAAUGAAAUGAUUUCACAGAUAAACUAGGAUGAAAGAUCAAACAAUUAUAGUAUUCUCACAUACCAGAGAACUUCUGUGGUUUCAUAGUUGAACUUGUAUUGGAACUGUUUUGAACCUCUUAAUGUAUACUAAUGGUAAAGAGAGUUGAAAACAGUUGGUCAGUUAUUUAUUAUUAAAUAGAUUAGAAGUAGGAUAUACAUUUAUAAUUAAUAUUAAAAUGGCUGCUGAUGUAUCAGGGUAUUAUGUUUAAGUGUAUGAUAUGUCUGACUUAAUGUAAUGGGGUCAAGUCUGUCAAGGCAUUUAAUUCUAUUAAAUUCUACCAUUAUAUCAUAGAUUGUGUAAACCAAAUGUGGAUUUUUUCGUCAUUUGACAGUCAAGCAUGUUGUUUGCAUUUAAGAGUUUGCACUUCAGAGCCUACUAUCUUUUAAGGUAGUGGUUGCAAAAAGGACAGCCAACAAUAUCUGUGUGAUUAUGCAUUCUUGUAUCCUGCUUUGGCAUCCGUCGACCUUUAUUGUACCAGUAGAAAAUGCCAAAAAGGUUUGUGGAGAAGAAAUGCCAAAAAGGCUUAAAGAGAAGAAAGGCCAUUAUGUAGAAAAAAUGCCAAGAAGGCUUCUGCAGAAGAAAUGCCAAAAGUCUGAUGGAGAAGAAAUGCCAAAAAGGCUUAUGUAGAAGAAAAUGCCAAAAAGGCUUAUGGAAAACAGCUAAUCGAGCAGAAAUGCCAAAUGUCCUUACUGACCACUACCUUAAAAGAGAAGGCUGAUAGAUGUUUCGCUGUGACAAUGGUUUUAUAUUUUCAAGUUGCACUGUUCACAAUAAUUAAUGAGAUUUGAAUUAUUGCAAAUAUUAUCAAGUCUAAAAUGUUUUGUCAAAGGUGUGAUGUGUUUAUGUAGAAUAGUUGCUAUUUACAACCCAAAAAUCUUGUUUUUCUAUUUUCAUAUCACUCUUUCAUUGAGGUGACAAUUUACAUUUUUAAGAUUAUGCUUGUAGCGAGAUUGUAGAAUGGCUUGAUAUUGCAAAGAAUAAUUUUGAGAUCUUAGGUGAUCAUUUUGCUAAUUUUCUCAGUUCUAGUCAUAUCGACAUAAUGUAUUGUUACAUUAAAACUGUGAUUUUUUUUUAUUUAGUGAAAAGACAAUCACUAACAAAUGUUAUAAUACUCUUUAUAAUGCAUGUUUAUUAUACAAGGAAAAGUGGAAAAUACCCUUAAGGUAGAGGACUUCAGUCCUGAAAAUGUGGUCAGCAAUUUUUGUAUUGGCCAUAUGUGAUUUCAGUAUUUUCGUGAUGGUACAGAAAGCCAUGUGCUUGAGCUAACUGGAACAGCUGAAGAAUAAGGAAUUAAAAAUUGAAGGUUACAUAGAAUUUACUAAGUGUCAUUACAGGUCCGCUAGCUUGAAAAAUGUGAGAACUGAUGUCACAAUAGUCCAUAAAGUUAACGUUUUAGAAAUUCUGAUUGUUUGCUAAUUUGUAAUAUUUUGUCUUGAUUAAGAACAGAACAGAACAGAACAGAACAUACAUUUAUUAGUCUAUUAGCGUUAAGGAAAUAUAACUGAACCUAUAUGGUAAAAUAUAUAUUUUGAAACUAGAAAUUUAUUUCAUGUUUUAAACAGCUACGAUUUUACAUAUUUAUAAACUGUAAUGCAAGACUUUGCAUUUUUAAUGCAAGGAUGAUAGGUCACCUAUCACACUUAGAGGCUUGAAAAUAAUGUACAAAGUGUGUGCAGUAUUUGUUAAAAAUAACCAUUGUAGGUAUCAUCUAUACAAGUGCUAUUUUAUUGGAUACUUUAUUUUUUUUCAAAUUGAACAAAUUACACAAGCUGCAUGCCAAAUGAAAAUGUCGUAUAUGAGAUCCGCUAAAAAUGUCACAUUUCUGUUAGACUCUAUUUAUUGAGAUACAUGCAGGAAAAUCAACUUUUAGCCCUUACCCUGCUAAAUUUCUAUAAUGAACUUUUCCGUCUUUCAGUUUGGACAGUACCAUUAACUAUAACAAGAGAUGCAUACCAAAACAAUACUGACUGAAUGGCAAACUGUGUAAAUCUUGAUCAGACUACACAAAUGUGCAAGCUGAUCAUGAUCUACACUGGUUGCAAAGGCAGAAUCAGUCAUGUCCAGUAUGAUAAGGGUCAAAGGAAACUCAUUUGCAUAUUGCAUUGUGAGAAUGUAAAAAUGUUUUUCAGAAACUUUGUCAGAAUUUUUUAGAUUUCUUUUUUUUAAGACCAUAAUGUUAUUUUCAGAAAAUAAUUUCUUUCCAGAAAAUUAAUUCUAAAUGCUCCCAACAAUUAAUUUAAACUCUUGUGUUUUCUUGCCAUGUUAUGUUUAAAAUUCAUGAUAUUAAAAAAUAAAUAUUAUGGUAUAUAUAUGUUUGCAGUAUUUGAUUUCAUGAAUAUUGUUCUUUUGAUAUUUUUUAUUAUCCAAUUUUUGAACUGUAUGAAUAAAAAAGAUAUAUACAUAUAUAUAAUAACCAAACCAAAGAUUGAUAUAAUUAUCAACAGAAUCAUGGCUGACCAUUUUCUCAUCACAUAUCACCCUGGUCAUUUUGUUAAUUGCAUAGAUGCUUAUUAAGUAAAGUGUGAAAAAAGUGUUUUUAUCAUCAAUAAAUUAGGUCUCAUUUUGUUAUCAUGAAAUCAUUCAGUGAGAUUUAAGGAUAUUGGAGUUUCAGAUUUGCUUUACUUUAAAGGUCUUCAAUCAAACAUCAAUGUACUGUUUGAUACAAGCAUUUCACAUUUGUUGAUGUUUCACUAGUCUUAUUCUUGUUUAGAAUCAGUAUUUAUAUCAAAUCAAGGAAAAUAGCGGCAAAGGGAGAAUUUUUCAUUAAAGCUCUUAAUGUGGUGCAUAACACUAUAUUUCCAAAAACAUACAGGUUCACUCUAGCAAAUAGAAUUUCUUUUAGUGUUAUACGUCACCUUCAUUUCAAUAAGUAUAUUAAUAUUUUCUUGUGUAUUUGUUUAAGUUGCAUGCAAUGAUACUGACUGCAAUUAAGUGUCGGAGAGCAUUCUGAUAUAUGUAUAUAACAGAGAGCAUUCUGAUAUUUAACAGAGAGCAUUCUGAUAUAUGUAUUUAACAAAGAGCAUUCUGAUAUUUAACAGAGAGCAUUCUGAUAUUUAACUGAGAGCAUUCUGAUAUAUAUAUAUAUAUUACAGAGAGCAUUCUGAUAUUUAACAGAGAGCAUUCUGAUAUAUGUAUAUUACAGAAAGCAUUCUGAUAUUUAACAGAGAGCAUUCUGGUAUAUGUAUUUAACAGAGAGCAUUCUUAGAUUUGUAUUUGUCAGUCUGAAUACAUUCUUGGAUAUGAAUUUGUCAGAAUUCACUCUGGGAUAUGUAUUUGUCAGAGAGCAUUCUGGGAUAUGUAUAUUUGUCAGUCUGAAUGCAUUCUUGGAUAUAUAUUUGUCAGAGAGCAUUCUGGGAUAUCAGUUUCUCAGAGAUAUUCUGAGUUAUGUAUUUUUUCAUACUGAGAGAAUUAUUCUGUUUUAGUCUGAUAGCAUUCUGGGAUAUGCAUUUUUUAUAAGAGCAUUCUGGGAUAUGUAUUUGUCAGUCUGAAUGUAUUCUGGGAUAUGAAUUUGUCGAAGAGCAUUCUGGGAUAAGAGCAUGCUGGGAUAUGUAUUUGUCAGUGAGCAUUCUGGGAUCAUCUGUGAUAUGAUAGAGCUUAUAUGCUGUGAUAUUAGUGUAUAGUCUUAUCUUGUGUAAGAAACCCUAUUAGUACUUUAUAGGGACGUCCUUUUGACAUAAUUAAACUGUUGAACUUUUACAA